GUGGUGAAUGUUACGUUUUUCAAGAACCUGUUUAGCGCCGUUAAAACACUGCCUACAAUUUCGAUUCUUAGCUAGUGAAUGUGUCUCGAAAAUGAAGUACCUUAACGUGGCUGAAAAGAAUGAUGCUGCGAAAACCAUAGCGGGUUUGUUGUCCCGUGGAACGGCUCAAAGGAGAGAAGGCUACUCACCGUACAAUAAAAUAUACGAGUUCAACUACAACCUCCAUGGCCAGAGCGUACAAAUGAUAAUGACAUCCGUCUCAGGACACCUGUUAAACUUGGAGUUUUUACCGAGCUUUCGUGGCUGGCAAAGCUGCAGCCCGGAGGAUCUAUUCGAUGCACCUGUCCGCAAGUUCUGUCCGGAAAACUAUGAGAAGAUCAAGAAAACGCUCGAGCGCGAGACGCGCGGCUGUGCGGCCCUGAUCAUCUGGACCGAUUGCGAUCGAGAGGGUGAAAACAUUGGGUUCGAAAUCAUCGAAGUGUGCCGCGCCAUCAAACCGCAGAUUCGGGUUUUACGUGCCAAAUUUUCCGAAAUCACCGCUCCGUCCAUCAAGCGAGCGGUUGAAAACCUGAUCCAACCGGACCAACGUCAAAGCGAUGCGGUGAAUGUGCGAAGCGAGCUUGACCUACGGAUAGGGGCGGCCUUCACGCGCUACCAGACGCUGCGAUUGCAAAAGAUUUUUCCGCAGGAUAUUUCCAACAAUCUGGUAUCGUACGGAAGCUGUCAGAUCCCGACGCUCGGUUUUGUCGCUCAGCGGUACAAGGAGAUAGAAAACUUUAUACCGCAACAAUUCUGGAAGAUAAAGCUAACACAUACGAUCGAGGAACUAACCGUCGAGUUUCACUGGUCACGAAAUCGGUUGUUCGAUAGGCAGUGCUGCGAAGCGUACCUGAUGCUAUGCCAGGCCAAUCCACUGGCCAAGGUUGUGAACGUUACGCAAAAACCGAAAAAUAAAUGGCGACCCACACCGAUGGACACGGUGGAGCUGGAAAAGUUGGGAUCACGUAAACUAAAGCUGAGCGCCAAACAAGUUAUGACGAUUGCGGAAAAGCUGUAUACUCAAGGUAUUAUUAGUUAUCCGCGUACGGAAACCAACAUGUUUACCGGGGAUAUGAAAUUGGCACCGCUUGUGCAGGCGCAGGUUAGCAGCGACCGGUGGGGUGCGUUUGCCGAGAAAGUUCUCGAGUGGGGCGUCAACCCGCGGAAUGGCAAAAAGUCCGAUCAAGCCCAUCCGCCUAUCCAUCCGACCAAACUCCCAACCAACCUGUCCGGCGACGAGUGGCGCGUGUACGAACUGAUCGCGCGUCAUUUUCUCGCCUGCGUCAGCCGUGACGCGACCGGCUCCGAAACGAUCGUCAACGUGGUCGUCGGCGAUGAGGAGGAGUUCAGCGCCUCCGGGUUGUGCAUUCACGAGCGGAACUACCUCGAGGUGUACCCGUACGAUCGGUGGAGUGCCAAGGAAAUACAUCCGUACCGCGUAGGCCACACGUUCGAGCCGACCGAACUGGGGCUGCACGAAGGAUCAACGACGGCACCAAACAUGCUCACCGAAGCCGACCUCAUUGCGCUGAUGGAAAAACACGGCAUCGGCACAGAUGCUACGCACGCGGAACAUAUCAACACGAUCAAGGAACGCGGCUACAUCGGUGAGCGCGAUCGUGGGUUUCUCGUACCGGGCACGCUGGGGAUGGGUUUGGUCGAAGGGUACGAAAUGAUGGAGCUCCGGUUGGCGCAUCCCGAGUUGCGGGCCGGGCUCGAAGUGGACCUCAAGCUUAUUUGCGAGGGUCGCAAAAACCCGGCCGAUGUGCUCGCGGAACAGAUCGCCAAGUACAAGGAGGUGUACCGGAUCAUGUCGCAAAAGGCGCGCGCCCUUGAUCGAGCCCUUGGGGAACGGUUCAAUCAAACGCCGCGAGAUCCACCACCGGACGACGGCGGUGGAGGAGGUAUAUCGAUAGGUGCCACGCCGAUGAAGGAAGUUUGCAAAUGCCCCAAGUGUGGCGAAAAGAUGUGCCUCCGUCAAAAGCGAGACUCCACAGGGUACUAUCUCGGGUGUGUUUCGUUUCCCGAGUGCAAAAACAACGUAUGGUUCGAUGAUGCAAUCAGGGAAAUCAACGUUACCGACGACACGUGCGCGCGAUGUGGCAGCAAAAAGUUGAUCGUAAAGUUCCGUAACAUGCGCUACUACGGGCUUCUGCAGAGUGUGUAUAUGACCGAAUAUCGGAUGUGCAUCGUUUGCGAUGACAAGUUUCGCGAGCUGUUCAACAUCAAUGAGUCAUCGGUGCGGCGAAUUGCGGUAGUGCGUGCAGUAACGGACACGGCACGGGUUCCCCCAGCACGCCCUAAUAUCACACCAUCAACCAACCUUCCAUGGGGCGGUACAAACAAUAAUCAAACGGCCGGGCGAACGACUCAAGGUACAACUUCCGGCACAUCCAGUGGCAUAGGACGAUCGAACAGUGUUCCUGGGGGUAACUCAUGGACAGCUCCACCAUCCGGAGGCUCGUCCAACAACUGGGGUGGAAGUCAACCGUCGAACCAACGCGGAGGAACUUCAUCCGGGUGGGGCAAACCACCAUCCAACGGUGGUAAUGGGGACGCAAGUGGCAAACCGUCCACCUGGAACAGCGGUUCGAACAAUUCCCGCAACUCGUUCGGAACCGCCAACGACGAUGAAGAAAUCAUGUGCCGUUGUGGAACACCAGCCGUGCGGUUUACGGUGAAAAAGGAUGGACCAAACAAGGGGCGACCAUUUUACAGCUGCCCGAAUCAGGCGAAUAAGUGUGGCUUCUUUAAGUGGGGCGAUGAAAAUAUACCCCCCGCGGGUGGCGGUGGUGGGGGAGGAAUGAAUGGCUCGAUCAGUUGGGGAAGCGGGGGGCAGUCGGGUGGAUCUAGCUGGGGGAGAAGUAGUAACGAUGCCGCGUCAGGGUCCGGUGCGAAUGCGGGACGGAAACGCAAAUGUGGCAUUUGUCGGCAGGAAGGUCACACAAAAAACAAAUGUCCUCAGCGAGAUGAGGCUCCAGAUUAUUGAUGGAAUAAAAAUAUUGCCAUGCUGUUUUUAUUUACGGAUUUUCUUUAUUAUGGUGAUAAUUUUUUGUUUAUCACAUGAAAAUGUUAAUGAUAUUUCAAUCGUUAUGCUAACAAAACCAGUUUAAGUGAAAAAUGGGUCGUAUUCUUUUAUACAAAAAUUUACUACAUAUAAUUACAAAAAUGGUGUCGAUGAAAUGCACAAUAAAGAUAGAACAUAUUUAACU